AUGGCCCCUGCUCUGGGACGCAAAGGCCGCACCGCAUCGCGCUGCGGCCGCUCCGCCAAGCUGCUCCCCGCAGUUGCCCAUCGGGCCACCCGCGUCGGCCCAUGCCCACCCCCGUGCUACCACGGCACCACCCGACCUACCCAGCCUAUGGACGACAAUCAAUCCAAUCAGACCAAUCUAUCCUUUCGAGACUUCCCAGCCAAUCCCAAUGGAAUCGUCCGCAGGAAGCUCUAUAAGCCGGCUUCCGACUUACAAUUCGAUCUCGAGAUGGCAAGGCGUGCAUCGAAAAUUACCGGCGAUAAACCAGUUGAUGAGGCUUCAGACCAACUGCGUCCGGCAGAAGCCGUCAAAAGUGAACUGAUCGAAUUUGGACUCAGUAGUCAACAACCUGCAAUCGAUGAGCAAACUUUAGAGCAAUUAUCAAUCCCGCCACCCCUCAAAUACCGGCUAAGCCUAGAGCGCGAACUAAGGUCGGAUGCAAUAUUCAUUUACAAUCGAUCGAUCGCCCUGUUGAAGACCGAACAGAUCAUCUCACAUGUCCUCCAACUUCUCACCGGUCGAAAGACAACAUUCAACCAUCUCGAAUGGGUUGAUGAUUUCUCCUGCGUGCUGGCGUUCGCCUCAGAGGCCGAUGCCAUCGAAGCUUUCACCGGCCUUCUGGUCAGACCGGAUGAGGUAGAAGGCGAAAACGGACUACCGGAAGCUUUUGCUUAUCUCUCAUCUCGGGAUUCGACCCCUGAGGUUUAUGCCGCUGCUUACGAAUUCGUCUGCGCCCACCGUCCCGCCAAACCUUUCUCAGAGCGCUUAUUUGAAGCCAAUCGCAAGAACAACUUCUUCCAUCCUACCCAGCCUGCGCAGUUGAUCCCUUUCGUCCGAUUCGCAACUAGCACUGAUGUCAAGGAUUCGCGGGCCAGAAAACAAAGCAUGUUCUAUGCUCUUAAUGGCGCCGGAGCGGGUCAGGAAGGGGUCUUGGCCGAGUCAGCGGGACCGAUCUUUUCGGCGACCAACCAACGAAGAAACCCUUCACUUAGCCAGCGGGCAUCUCCCAACCUACCUAACAUAUUCGAUCACCUGCCCGCACAUCCAGUGACCCAUCAACUUCCGAAAAAUCCCUUGCCGAAACGAGCCUCCAAGCCCAAGGUCACAAAAGCCAGACCCGCCAAGUUGGGCGAAUUGGACGACGAACUUGCGCGGUUCAUGACCAAAACGAUCGAGGUGAAGCCGUCCCCAGACCCAAGUCCAAAACGAAGAAUGCUGUCACCCUCGGCGAUCAAGCCAUCCGUUGAACUACUUCCAGAUCGACCAGAAACGUGCGGAGGAAACUUACGAGAUGAGAUCUUUGAAGCCGAGCAACUGAUAACAGAUUUCCAGGACGUCAAGCCCAAACCGGAAGUCAAGAACGAAGCAGGCUUGGGAGCCAAUAAGCAAGUUCAGCCCUUACAAUCUGAAGACAUAUCGACAACGGACGACGCGCAGGCCUCGUUUGCUCGCCCACUUCAAAACGCAGAAGCUGGAGAUCAGGACCAAAACAUGACCGAUGUCGAAAAUCCAUCCCAACUCAUCCAGGAUCCCACUCUACCAACCUCUGAUAUUCCUCCUCGUGUUCCAAAACCUGAACCGAAAACCAGGGGCGGCCGUUGGGGUCCUUUGUUCAGUCGACUAUGUUGA